AUGUUAAACAGGUUAACCGCUAUUCCUAAGGUCGCAGAAGGCGCCGCCGCCGUGUUUGGCAGCUUUGGAAGCGGAACCGAAGCUUUUUUGGAUGUAGUUUUUGGUAUUGCAGCCCCGGAGGGCAAGCUGCCUUUUGAUUUGCCUCGUUCGCAGAAGGCCGUCGAAAAGUUAAUGGAAGACGUGCCGUUUGACAUUAAAAGCCCUGUAUUUACGUUUGGACAUGGGUUGCGGUACGGCAGAUGCGUUAUUUAA